CUGGACAAGCUCUCGGAGGUUGCCAAAGUGAACACAGAUGCCAUGCGCGUGGCCCAGGAGGAGAUCUGCGAGUACCGUCGCCAGCUCCAGUCCAAGACCACCGAGCUCGAAGCCCUCAAAGGGACCCAGGAGUCACUGGAGAGGCAGAGACAGGACUCGGAGGAGCGCCAUCAUGCAGAUGUCCUGUCCUACCAGGAAACCAUCCAGCAGCUUGAUAGUGAGCUGAGGAACACCAAAUGGGAGAUGGCAGCUCAACUCCGGGAGUACCAGGAUCUGCUCAAUGUCAAAAUGGCCCUGGACAUUGAAAUUGCUGCCUAUAGAAAGCUCUUAGAAGGGGAGGAAUAUCGGAUCGAGUCUGGCUUUGGGAUGAUCUCCUUCCCUGAGGUGGUCCCCAAGGCUCCCAGCAUCACCACUGACAUCAAGGUGAAGAGUGAGGAGAAGAUCAAGGUGGCGGAGAAAUCUGAGAAGGAGACAGUGAUUGUGGAGGAGCAGACAGAGGAAAUACAGGUGACUGAGGAGGUCACAGAGGAGGAAGAGGCUGAGAAAGAGGGUGAAGUGGAAAAAGCUGAAGAGAAGAAAGCUGAAGCAGAGGGUGAAGAGGAGGCCAAGUCUCCUGCAAAAGAGGAGGCCAAGUCCCCAGAGAAACCUGCAUCCCCCUCAAAGGAGGAGGCCAAGAGCCCAGCUGUCAAGUCUCCAGAGAAACCUGCAUCCCCUUCAAAAGAGGAGGCCAAGAGCCCAGCUGUCAAGUCCCCAGAGAAACCUGCAUCCCCUUCAAAAGAGGAGGCCAAGAGCCCAGCUGUCAAGUCUCCAGAGAAACCUGUAUCCCCCUCAAAAGAGGAGGCCAAGGGUCCAGCAGUGAAGUCCCCAGAAAAACCUCCAUCCCCCUCAAAAGAGGAGGCCAAGAGCCCAGCUGUCAAGUCCCCAGAAAAACCUGCAUCCCCCUCAAAAGAGGAGGCCAAGAGCCCAGCUGUCAAGUCUCCAGAGAAACCUGCACCCCCCUCAAAGGAGGCCAAGAGCCCAGCUGUCAAAUCCCCUGAAAAGCCCCCAACCCCCUCAAAAGAGGAGGCCAAGACCCCAGCAGUGAAGUCCCCAGAGAAACCUGCACCCCCCUCAAAAGAGGAGGCCAAGACCCCAGCAGUGAAGUCCCCAGAGAAACCCUCAACACCCUUGAAAGAAGAGGCCAAGACCCCAGCAGUGAAGUCCCCUGAGAAACCUGCACCCCCCUCAAAAGAGGAAGCCAAAACCCCAUCUGUCAAGUCCCCAGAGAAACCUGCAUCCCCCUCAAAAGAGGAGGCCAAGACCCCAGCUGUGAAGUCCCCAGAGAAGCCCCCAACCCCCUCAAAAGAGGAGGCCAAGACCCUGGCUGUGAAGUCCCCUGAGAAAGUAAAGUCUCCUGUGAAGGAGGUGGCCAAGUCUCCACAGAAGGAAGCAGCUCCAGCCAAGGAGCCCACCCCCUCCCCUCCAAAGGAGUCAAAAGCCCCUGCAAAGGAAGAGCAUCCCAAGGAGGUGAAGGGUCCCUCCAAGCCUGGAGCUGAGGAGGGCAGGAAAGAGGAAGCUCCCAAGAAGGAUGUCCCAGCCAAAGUGGAGGAGAAGCCCAAAGAGAAGGCGGCUGCUGUGCCAGAGCCUGUGGCCCCACAGGUGAAGGAGACCACCAAGCCGGGCCCCAAGCCUGCGGAAGAAGGAAAGGCUGAGGAGGCUCUGCCAAAACCUCAGCAGGAGGUCAGCAAAGCGGCUGCAAAGGAGGCUGAGAAGCCAAAGGCCGAGGAGAAGGUGGAGGAGCCCAAAGCUAAAGCGAAACCCAAAGAUGAGCCCAAAGCCAGUAAAGAGCCCCCCAAGGCCGAGGCCCCCUCCAGCAAGGAGGGCAAAGCCCCAGAGCCGGCACCCGCUGUGGGGAAGAAGUGA